UAAACUAGAGUGGACAGACUAGCCUAGUUAGCUGCCUAGGGAGUCCUAGCAGGUCCUUUCCCCUACACUGGCCCAGGAGGGUGGGAUACCUACAGCCGUACUCGAGCUGGACCAGGCGCACACUCUUGGUAGAGGCAAACACGUCAACCACCGCGUAGAGGGGCUGCGCGGCUGGCAGCCCCCGAGCGCUCGGGCCCAUGUCCUCCCCGUUGAUGACGAUGUGCAUGUCGGCUGUGCCAUCCGGGCGCGGACAGAAGAGAACGCCCAGGCGACUACGGCGCGCAGUCGGAGGCAGCACGUUUAGCUCAUAGAGCUGGUCCAAGAGGUGGCUGUAGAUCCCCGGCCGGCUGCGGCCCACCAGGCGGUCCCUGGGAAUGCGAAACUGCUCAAUGCACAGAUAGGGUUCUACCAGAAGGGCCGGGGGUCUGCUGGAGGCCGCUGCCUCCGCCUCCGGGCGGCCCUCCUGGGGCACGCGGUUGUGGUGGCGCGUGAUAGCGAAGACCCAGGUAUGGCCGAGGCUGACCAGGUCUGGCAGCGAAAACUCGGGCACGGCGGCCAGACUGGCGGGGUUCAGCGCGGUCAGGCCGAGGCGCAGAUGCCCGCACCAGCCCAACUCUUUCUCCUCGAUCUCCACCAGGAAUAUCUGACCCGGGGCCAAGGGCUCGCGGCUGAAGCACACGCCGUGAGCGAAGCUCUCCACGCGUGUGGCCUGGGUCCCAGAGGGGUCCACGCGGAUAUUGGCCCCGUGCACCUGGUGGAAACGGGUGGGAGGGGGCUCCGGGCGCGCACGUCCCCAGAGUGCGCCCAACUCCACGGGGUCGGAGGCGGCAGCCAUCAUCGCCCGGCCAUGAGGCAGGCCAGCGGCCGUCGGAGGCUAUUUUGGGCAGCGGGCUCGUGGUGACCGCGAGGGACCAUGUAAGGCCUUCCACCCUACCGCAACCCCCACCACACACACACACUCCUUUUCUCGAGGCGCUGCCCGGGGGUCCUAGCGCCGCUUGCUCAGUCAUGUCGCCUAGGGCUGAGCCCCCGGAAGCCGCGGGGAACUUGGCGGUGCACGCCAGGGUCAUCUGACCGCGGACGCCGGGGCUACGACCCGCGAGGCCGGAGGACCUUGACCCGGCGUUGACCUCCACGGCCGCCCAGGCCCGCAGAGACCGAAGCAGGGACCGGAGGAAAACUGUCACGUGGCGCUCGAGCUCACGUGACUCGGAGUACACAUGACUUCGGUCGCCGGGCGCCUCCUGGAGAACAAGGAGGCGGGGGAGCCGAGGUGAGGAAACUCCGGAGGCUGGAAGGGAUCCCUGAGCUCCGGGUCCAUGGUCCGAGCCGCGCUGUCGCCGCUGUUCCUGCUGCUGCUCAUAUUCUGGGCGCCCCGGAGCGGGGCAGCCCCCGACCAGGACGAGAUCCAGUGCCUCCCCGGGCUGGCCAAGCAGCCGUCCUUCCGCCAGUUCUCCGGCUACCUCCGAGGCUCCGGCUCUAAGCACCUCCACUACUGGUUUGUGGAGUCGCAGAAGGAUCCCGAGAACAGCCCUGUGGUGCUCUGGCUCAACGGAGGUCCUGGCUGCAGCUCCCUAGAUGGGCUCCUCACAGAGCACGGCCCCUUCCUGGUCCAGCCAGAUGGCGUCACCCUGGAGUACAACCCCUAUUCUUGGAACCUGAUUGCCAAUGUGUUGUACCUUGAGUCCCCAGCUGGGGUGGGCUUCUCCUACUCCGAUGACAAGUUUUAUGCAACCAACGACACUGAGGUGGCCCAGAGCAAUUUUGAGGCCCUUGAAGAUUUUUUCCGCCUCUUUCCGGAGUACAAGGACAACAAACUUUUCCUGACUGGAGAGAGCUAUGCUGGCAUCUACAUCCCCACGCUGGCUGUGUUGGUCAUGCAGGACCCCAGCAUGAACCUUCAGGGGCUGGCUGUGGGCAAUGGACUCUCCUCCUAUGAGCAGAAUGACAACUCCCUGGUCUAUUUUGCCUACUAUCAUGGCCUUCUGGGGAACAGGCUGUGGUCUUCCCUCCAGACUCACUGCUGCUCUCAAAACAAGUGUAACUUCUAUGACAACAAAGACCCGGAAUGCGUGACCAAUCUUCAGGAAGUGUCCCGCAUCGUGGGCAACUCUGGCCUCAACAUCUACAACCUCUACGCCCCGUGUGCUGGGGGGGUGCCCGGCCAUUUAAGGUAUGAGAAGGACACUGUCGUGGUCCAGGAUUUGGGCAACAUCUUCACUCGCCUACCACUCAAGCGCACGUGGCAUCAGGCGCUGCUGCGUUCUGGGGAUAGGGUGCGCAUGGACCCCCCCUGCACCAACACCACAGCCACCUCCACCUACCUCAACAACCCUUACGUGCGGAAGGCCCUCCACAUCCCUGAGCAGCUGCCCCGAUGGGACAUGUGCAACUUUCUGGUGAAUAUACAAUACCGCCGUCUCUACCAAAGCAUGAACUCCCAGUACCUGAAACUGCUCAGCUCACAGAAGUACCAGAUUCUGUUAUACAACGGAGAUGUAGAUAUGGCCUGCAAUUUCAUGGGGGAUGAGUGGUUUGUGGAUUCCCUCAACCAGAAGAUGGAGGUGCAGCGCCGGCCCUGGUUAGUGAACUACGGGGACAGCGGGGAGCAGAUCGCCGGCUUCGUGAAGGAGUUCUCCCACAUCGCCUUUCUCACCAUCAAGGGUGCCGGACACAUGGUCCCCACCGACAAGCCCCAAGCUGCCUUCACCAUGUUCUCCCGCUUCCUGAACAAGCAGCCCUACUGAUGGCCACGGGACCAGCUCCCACCACCUGAUCCAGCCCCUCCCAGCCUCUCCUGCUGGGAGAGUCCUCUUUUAUGCAGAAUGCCCUGAGGGCAAGGCCUGCCUCAGAACUGCUGCCCUUCUCACUGCCCUGUACAUCCCAGACCAGGCCCCACUGCCUCCCUAAACAGCCUAGGGGCAGGUUAGCACUUUAUUCCCACAGCAGUCCCUGUCAGGGGUGGCCUGGCCCCUCCCUGCUUAAAGAAUGCCCUCUUUGAUGCACUGAUUGCAUCCCAGGACCCCAAAGAGCUCAGGACAAAGUCCACAGGGAAGGGGUGGACGGACUGUUAUUGAUGAAUCGACUGAUUAUGGAAUUAAAUUGGGUACAGCUUCAA